UAUAAACUUUUAUAUGGCUAAUGAUAAUUUGUUAUCUCAUGUUUUUAAAUUUCAGGCUUUUCGUCUCUGCCAAUUACGUUCACAAAAUAUGCAUAAUUUAAGUUAUGAAGAGAGAAUUGAAUUGUGGAACUUGGAAAAUGAACAAUUUGAAGAGUUAAUAAUUCAACCAGCUUUGAGUUACUAUGAUCGCUAUUUUCAAAGAGCACCAGCCCGAACCGAUGGAGGUUUAGGAUGGAGAAAUAUUUGGCAUCAGUUACAACAAGAUGAUGCCGCUUGUCUUCAGUUAUUACGUAUGUCAUUUGCGGCUUUCACGACAUUAUGUGCUACUCUACAUACAAAUUACGGUCUACAACCAACAUUAAAUAUAAGUAUUGAAGAAAGUGUGGCUAUGUUUCUACGAAUAUGUGGACACAAUGAAGUUCAAAGAGAUGUUGGUUUGAGAUUUGGAAGAAAUCAGGAGACUGUGAAGAGAAAAUUUGGUGAAGUUCUUACCGCGACAGAAUUACUUGCAUGUGACUAUAUUAGAACUCCAACAACUCAAGAGUUACAUCGAAUUCUUGAAAGACUUCAAGUAGAUCGAAGAUAUUGGCCAUAUUUCAAUGGAUUCGUUGGAGCUAUGGAUGGGACUCAUGUUUGUGUAAAAGUAAAGCCAGAGUUACAAGGAGUGUAUUGGAAUCGACACGAUAAUGCAUCUUUGAACAUCUUGGCAAUAUGUGAUUUGAAUAUGUUAUUCACGUAUAUUUGGAACGGAGCACCGGGAUCAUGUCACGAUACAGCUGUUCUCGCAAUGGCGCAACGAAGUGAUUCCGAGUUUCCUUUACCCCCAUCAGAGAAGUAUUACGUCGUUGAUUCUGGCUACCCAAACAAACAAGGGUUUUUGGCUCCUUACAGAUCGUCAAGAAAUUCAGUUGUGAGAUAUCAUAUGUCGUCUUUCCACUCCGGUCCACCUCCGAGGAAUAAAAUGGAGAUGUUUAAUCGAUGUCAUGCUUCACUACGUUCUAUUAUCGAGAGAACUUUCGGAGUUUGGAAGAAGAAAUGGAGGAUUCUUACUGAUUUUCCGAGAUAUAGUAUUCAUGUGCAAAAGAGAGUGGUGAUGGCUACAAUGGGAUUACACAAUUUUAUUAAAAUUUCAAAUUUUUCAGAUGCGGAUUUGCAGAAGUAAUGAUGGAUACAGAGAUACACAACACAGAUUGGGAGCCUGAUUUCGAUGAUAUGGAAGCAUCAGAGAUAGCAGAUAGAGAGCAUAUGGCGCAAAUAAGAGAUAAUAUUGCUAAUAUGGUAUGGGAAAAUCAACGUAUUCGAUAAUAUUUUGUAUUGUAUUAAUUUACUCUGUUGUUUUAAUGUAUCUUUUACUUGUUUCUACCAACAAACUAAAUUUUAAUU